AUGCGGAGUGGGAUCGGCCUGGAUUGCAACGUGGCGUAUCGCGAAAUUCCUAUUUGCAGUGGGUAUGACGACGAGGGGAAUUGGUGGACAGCAAUGAUUCAGAACGGCUUCCUGAACGUGCUGGUGCAAUUGGACAAGAUGGUCGACUACUGGCAUCACAUGUUGAAGGAGUUUCCUGACCAUCCAGCUGCUUCUAUGGACCAUGCUGUGAAACUUCGAUUCUACGUGAUGAACUUUAAGGGUGAUUGGAAGUACCUGGUGCAGCUGUUCAACUUCCGAAAGAACCCAUCAACGGAGAAGGUAUGUUGGAAGUGCGAAGCGACGAAAGGGAAUACGGAUAUGACCAAUGCCUACACUGACGUGGCGGAACAUGCGCCAUGGAAGGCUACCCUGUGGACAUCUUUGCCAUGGCCUAUAUCCGAAGUUCCCGAGCUGACUAAGGUGACUGGCUUUGAUGUCAAGAUGAUAUCAGCAGACUUGUUGCAUACCUGGCAUUUAGGGUGUGGCCGCGAUUUGGCAGGCAGCUGCAUCAAAGUGCUGGUGGGUCUACGUUAUUUCCAUGGAAGAUCAAUUGAGCGAAGCUUGGCGCAGGCCACGGUUCAGCUGAAGAGAUUUGCAAAACUGCACAAACACAGUCUUGUGCUUCGCAAGCUGACGAAAGCGAACUUGAACUGGUCCGACUACCCAGAGCUGAGGUGCAAGGGCUUUGACACAUUCGUGGUUUUGGCGUGGCUGCAACAUGAGUUCAGUGCCCGUCCUCCCACAGCAGAUGACCCCGAGCUACAAUCGAAGUUAGAUCUGAUGACUACAGCGGUAUGGUGCAUGGAUUCUUUGAUGCGAAUGUUGGCACACAGUGGCAUGCACCUGUCAGAGAUGCAACAGCGACAAAAGACCAUUCUGGGCAGUAUAUACAUGAACUGUUACAUGACGCUGGCUCAGAAGGCAAUCGAAGAUGGAAAGAAACUAUGGCGUGAGUUUGAACGAGUGUGGCUGGGGAAUCGACGCCUCACACCUGAUGAAAAUUUCACAUCUUCCCAAUCUCCUCUGCGGCGCUUGGCGUUCAACGUGCCGUCGGCAAGUGUUGCCAAGAAGAAUGUCAAAGAGGCUCAGAUGUCCUGUGCGUCGCAGAUCAACGGCAUCAUUUCGAGUUUGCUGUACGUGGAUCAAUACGUCUCGGACUCAGUCUAUACCUGUCCGCCGCCCAACAAGGUGGAUUCGCUAUAUCCGGCCAAGUGCUCCAUGAGCAUCGGCGUCUUGGUGGGUGGCGUGGCCAAGGCGGCCGCCGCCUUGAGCGAUAUCGCCGUGGAGUGUAAAAAUCCGACCAGCACCCUGGUUCCGUACUCAAAGCAGCCGGAAGCAGGGAGAGAAGAUGUCCUCCUGGCCGCCUGCCUGAAUAACGUGGGACAAGCCACCACCUAUGUCGCCAGGGUGGGCUAUCAAUUGGAUUCCAUCGCCACAUCGCCAGGCGUUUGCCCUGAGUAUCCCACAAAGAACGACCGCGCCGUGUGCACGGAGAACAUUGCGGGGCUCCUGGCAGAUAUCGCUCAGGUGGCGACCUACCUGUCGGCCGCGGCCGCUGGAUGUGGUAAUACCACCUUGGUCCCUUUCUCGUGUUCCUCGCGCAUCGCUGCCACUGUCACCGGUUUGUUCGACGUGGCACAAGGCGUGGGCGGUGCGCUGGCAUGGUGCAAUCACCCCGGACCCCUGCAGCGAAAGAUCGCGAAAAAAUUGGCUUCGAUUCAGGAACAGCUUCACGACAAGAAAUACACCAAGAGCAUUCCACUCUGAUGGUCGUGAGGCCCAUCUACUGAAAAUGAGGGAUUUGGGAACAGCGAAACUUGUGAUUCUUUCGUGGUUCACAUAUUGAGAUUUGGUGGCCUUUCCUGGGAUUUAAUAUUUGAUGGAUUUUGC